UCAACCUUCUUCCUUCCGUGACGUGACGUACGUGUGUGUUCGACGUUUCACAACCAACAAACAUGGCUUCACCGGCGAAAUGGGACGUGGUAUCGCAUGGAAAGAAGAAAAAAGACAAGAAAGCGUCUAAAAAAGCAUUUAUUGAAAAUGCUACUGUUGUCGACACUUCUGCUCCUUUGGAAACUACCAGAACCAUCUACCAGGCUUUAGAUAAAAACAAAGCCCCAAGCCCUGUUAUUAGUACAACAUCAGCAACAGCUCCCAAUGGCAUACACGGGAAGAAACCAACUCAAACCGGAGAUAAACCUACGAAAUCAAAGAAGAAGGAGAAAAAACCAGCCCCAGUGAACUCUUUAGAGGAUGCCGUAAAAACAUUGGAUUGUAACGAGAUGAAAAAACAAUUUAACGACAUCAAAACAAGAUGUCAAGCUCCAUCUUUGUCACUUGGUGAGUUUGUCAACUUCCUAAAUGUCAAGUUGAGUGUAGCCACCAAGAUCACAGACCCGUUCUUCUCAGAUAAGCCUGAAGCUUAUCCUCUGAGUGCAUUGACCAAAAAUCAAGUAGAGGUGUUAAGAACAACAUUUAAGGAGUUUGAGGAAUCUAUGCUUGAGAAGUUCUUCAUCUACUGUAUGACGGAGAUGAAGAACGAUUCAGGGAAAGCUGGCCCUAACUAUGGCUAUAGAAUCACAAUCCAAUUCCUUGCCAGAAAUUAUCCAGAAUUUGUUACCAAGACAACCAAAUCUAAUCUAGAGUUUAUCAAGAAGAAGCAAGGUAUGCAACAGCAAUGUCAGUUUGUGAUGUGGGUAUGCAGUCAGGCUGGUAAUGAUGAUGUUCACAUGGCAUUUAAAGUUUGGAGUGAUCUAAUGCUUCCUCUGAUUGGAUAUAAGGCCUUUUCACAGUUUUCUAUUAAUUAUCUUGCAGAUGUAAUUGAGAGGAUGAAGAAACAGAAGGUUGCCAGGUUGAACUUGACACCAAGUGAAUUUUUCCCAAUUUUAGAUUUUGUCUUCACACCUAAUACUUCGCUUCCACAAACUUUACAACAGAAAUUGGAAGGGUUAUAUCCAAAAUUGAAGGAGAUGGCAUUUGGACAUCACCCGCAAGAAACUCUCCGCCAUUAUUUUCCUUCGCUUCUCACAAGGGUCACAGGUCACAACUCACCCAAGUACAAAGCUGAGUUGCUGUCCUGCCUUGUACGCUGCCUGUCCACAGACCGACAGUGUCUUAGUGUUUGGCGCCAAUUGUACGUAUCUCAUCUACAGCAAUCUGGAAUUCUUCUGACCCAUCUUCUUGUUCAGUGGGAGGGACAGACAAAAUCAAUUCCAAGGCAGUGGCUGCAUGAAACCGUUCAAGCAUUUAGCAUCACAAAUGAAGAUCUUGCAAGUGAUAAUAAGGUUGAAGAAUGCAAGAAAACAUGUCAAGAACUGUUACUCAAAAUGACAAGUUUUGAGUUUCCAUGGAAGAUUGCCCUUCUUAUUUUAUUCAUCAGUGCUGGUAUUCUCCUGUUUGUAGACGUUAACUCCUCAGGAUCUUUUGCAGGAUCAAGGUUAGUGGCUUUUGGACAGAAGUCUGGCCUGACAGCAGUGUUGACACAGGCUUGGAACAAAUUGGCCUUCUAUUCAUCAAUUGCAAGCAAGUGGCUACUUGACAAUGUUCCUAAAUAUUAUGCACAAUUUUGCAACUUCUGUGCUCCAUACUUACGACUGCUCCUGCAAUACUUGGCUUUCAGCUGGAACUACUUUUUAGAUAUUACGCAACCAAUUCAACAAUGGUUGAAGCAGAAUAUUCCUAUUGCAAUUGCUUGGGUGGAAGUCAAGACCCCAAUAUUUUUGGAGGCUGUCUUGAUGUACCUGACAGUUGCAUACAAUUUUAUUGCAUAUUAUGUUGGAAUCAUUUGGGCUGUGGUUGGGCCAUAUUUUGUAGCUGUCUCAAAUUUUGUUGAACCAUAUGUCAAUCAAGCAUACGAGGGGGUAAUUGGAUUUGUCAGGAGCUCUUAAAAGUUUACUUCUUGGUCACCCAAAACUGGAAGAAUUUGAAGACAGGCAUAAAAAUAUACAGAUAAUAAUAAUGCUGUUAAAAGGUUUUUCAUACCAAAACAUGUUUUAUUUUUUAAGGUAACCUGUACCAAUAUUCUGGUUUAAAAAAAAAUUGAGAGGCGAUAAUUAAAAUAAAGAUAUAACAGAAUAUGUUGGGUUUUUGCUGUAAGAUUUGAAGCAUUAUGAAAAUUAGUAUGAAAAUUAGUUUAAGCCCCGCCCAGACUCAAAUUUAUGAUGACAUCACACCAUGACCAUAUAUAGGAUCAUCAUGACUAUAUAUAGGAUCAUCAUGACUAUAUAUGGGCGUACAACGGUUUGAAAAUUUGGUAACCUGGACGGUGCUUUAGGUAGUUUAUUAAUAUAAUGCAACUACUCAGUACUUUGAUAUUUGCAGGCAAAUACAGUAAAUAUUAAUAGUUGAAAUUUAAGCAUUCAAUGCUGUAAGAAAUGAAUGCAUUAGUAAUAUAUUAUGUUUAUAACAUGGUGUUCCUGCCUUUGUUAAAUUAACAUGGGAAGCAGGCCCAUUAGACAGAAAAGAAUGCUCCAAAAUGCAAACGAUUUUAAUAUUGUUAAGCUGUAUUUUAAUUCUGGCAGCUUCAAUACCUCUGUUGUAAUUUUAUUGCAAUUUUGUUUAUGCAAUUCUUUUAGUGAACUGUGAAAUUUAUGAUGGAUACAUCUACAUGCCAACAUUUGUUUUAUAGCACCCACAUAGUUCUUACAGUACAGUAUUUCUAAUGGACUAGUAUUCAUGGCUUUAAUUAAUCCAUCACAUUUUAUCUAUUGAAUUAAUUGAUCGAUACAAGAUUUGUUAUUAGUGGGUUUUCUUGCAUUCCAAAAUCAGAGUUCAAUAUAUUUUCUUCCGGUUUCCAUGAUUUCUUAUGUUAUUAAUGAGUAAGAAUAGAAUUCGAUAGUUUAUGUUCUUAUCAAAGUAAUAUAUGUUGAAUAAUGAUGAAUACACGCUAUUAUGUUCUAUUUAAUUGUUAGACAAUUAUCUGUAGACAAAUAAUGUACUGAAAUGUGUCUUUAUUUAAUGUGCUUUGUAUAGAUUUUAGAUUACAGUAAAUAUGUAAACAAAAUAAUUUCUAAUUGAU